AUGCCACCAUUCAAGGAUGAGCACAUUUUGAUAAUUGCGCCAGGUUCGCAAGUGACCCUGGCGCAGCUGGGUCUUCCUGAGUCGUUUACACCUGCACGUUUUCGCUUCCCGACACGCAUGUUUCCGGCCGAGAAAAAGGGCGAAUUCGAACCGUACAAGAUCCGCGAAAGGCGACAGGAGGUCAAAGUCAGCAAUGGCCUUGACGCGCCUAAGGAGGAUGUGGAGAUGAAAGACGCGGAGCCAGCCACACCAGAUACCACGGCCAAAACGGAAGCGCCUGAAAAUCCCGGAAACACAGAUCAGGGGGAGAAAAACGAUCAGGCAGAAGGGCAGGAUGCUGAUGGAGAAACUAAACAAGAAGCUACGGAGGAAGUCUUCUACGAGGAGGAUAUCAUGUCAGAUGAAGGAGCCGUCUAUCCGAUCAAAAACGGAAGUAUUGUUGACUGGCCUUGCUUCUUCGCUCUUCUAACGCAUAUUCACAACACACUGAGUCCACCAUUUCAUACCCCUAUUAUGCUCAUUGCCGAACCGAUCUGGACAGCUCGCGAUCGCGAGGUGAUUACCCAAUUCGUCUUUGAGAAGUUCAAAGCACCCGCUUUCUGCCUCAUGGAUUCUGCUCUUGCCGUUUGCUAUGGCUAUGGCGCCUCAACGGCUACUGUCGUCGACAUUGGGAAGGACAAAGUUGACGUUACGGCUGUCACCGAUUUCCUCGUUAAUGAGCACGGGAGAGGAAUUGCCUUAGAAGGCUGUGGUGGAGAUUACAUGACCGAUAGGCUGCUAGAGCUGUUGGGAUCAAAGGGUUUCACAAGGGAAAUGUGCGAGCAGCUCAAGAGGAGCAAUAUUACGGAAAUUUUACCCGCUGGUGUACCUCUCCCAGGCGCCGCCGCAACAGCACGACAGGGCACUAAUUCAACAGGAGCACAAGGCGGAAAUGACUAUGCUUCUCGGGACCCGGGCAGCGGCGUUCAAACGGGCCAAGAAAGUGGCAAUGGAGAAGACGAAGAUGAGGGGUUGUUGGACGUUGCAGCGAUUGUUAGUGGUAACACCAGCGAGUUCUUGGCAAAGAGAGAGAAGGAGCAGGGAGAAAAGUCCUCUUUUAAGAAGGGGGCGGCAGAUCAAAGCGCGAAACCAGUUCGCCUUCCAAACUCCAAGAAAGAGAAGGCUACGUUCCAAUUCGAGGAGUUCGUGCGAUUAGAGCCAGAAAAGGACCCCGGCAGCGGCCCAGUAAAGUUUAUUCGUCAAACACGAGAUAUUGAAGUUGGUGUGGAGCGCUUCUUAGCGACGACCUUAAAACAACAGAACGGAGAUCGUCUAUCAAGUGGCAUUCUUUCAGAUAUCGCCACUCAAAUCCAUCAUACUAUACUUGCGGUGCCUGAUGCAAGCAAGCGAAGUGAGCUUUGGGAUUCAUUGAUCAUCGUUGGCAAUGGCAGCAAAAUAAAGGGAUUCACGCAAGCAUUGCUUAACACUAUCUCGCAAAAGUUCAUUCUCUCACCAUCUGGCACCAUCUUUACUUCCGAGAUUCCGUCCAAUUUUUCCACCCCACUUCCUACAGGAGGAACGAACACGCCAGCACCCAGUGGUCAACCUGGCCCAAUGCAUCAUCCUGCUGGUCACGGUGUCAAUCCUCUGCUUGUUGCAGCGACCCAUUCAAAUAACCCUGCGGCUGUCAAUAUGCCUCCGGGCACUCCUUCGAUGGACCCUUCUAUGGCUCCCUAUCACCGCUCUACUGGCCAUUCCCAGACCCCAACUUCGGUCAAAACAUUGAAGCCCCCUGAGUAUUUCCCAGAGUGGAAAGAGCAAGGCAACACAAACGCCCCUGGGGCCAGUGGUGCUGGGAAUAUGAACAACGCUUCCGGUAUUGCUGGUGGGCCGGGCAACCCAUCCUCAACAAGCAGCAGCCAUGGUAUGGAAGAAGCAGUAUUCUUGGGUGCCCAGGUUGCUUCCAAGGUUGUAUUCGUCCUCGAUCAAGGUCUUACCAAAGGCUUCAUGAGUCGGGUGGAGUACAACGAGAAUGGGCCAUCUGCAAUCCAUGAAUACGUUAUGUGA